CACCCACCUCGUCAUUGCACCUGAAAACACCUCAAUCUUUGACCCCACCACAAAUCGCAGAGGAGAGAAAUCUCUGCAGGUGCUGCUGUCUCUUCUUGUGAAUACUUUUUAUACCUUUAUUACCUACCUCUCUUUUUCUCAUCUUACCUCUAUUCACAAACAAACUCACCGAAUCGUUCCACCAGAUCCUCAACAUGGCUCCCGCACAACCCCCACCUCCCCUGGCGGGCAAGAAACGUCGCAUUGCUAUGAUGACCAGCGGUGGAGACUCUCCGGGCAUGAACGGUGCCACCAGAGCUGUCGUACGAUAUGGCAUUGAACGAGGCUGCGAGGUUUUCUGCAUUCACGAAGGCUAUGAGGGGUUGGUCCAGGGUGGGAAAUUCAUAAAGAAGAUGAACUGGUCGGAUGUGCGGGGAUGGUUGUCGGAGGGCGGGACAUUGAUUGGAACGGCAAGAUGUAUGGCAUUCUACGAGCGACCAGGACGAUUGAAAGCUGCGAAAAAUAUGGUGUUGAAUGGUAUUGAUGCGUUGAUUAUCUGUGGUGGUGACGGUUCGUUGACGGGAGCUGAUAAGUUCAGAGCUGAAUGGCCUGGCUUAUUGCAGGAACUGGUCGAAACAAACGAAUUGACUCCAGAACAGACUGAACCUUUCAAACAUCUCAAUAUUGUCGGUCUUGUGGGCUCAAUUGACAAUGAUAUGUCUGGGACUGAUGCCACAAUCGGGUGCUACUCGGCCCUGAGCAGAAUCUGCGAAAUGGUAGACUACAUUGAAGCUACGGCCUCCUCACAUUCAAGAGCCUUCGUUAUCGAGGUCAUGGGCAGACACUGCGGUUGGUUGGCACUUAUGGCUGGUGUUGCAACCGGGGCAGAUUUUGUCUUCAUCCCAGAGAAGCCUCGAGCUGAAAAUUGGAGAGAGGAAAUGUGCAGAAUCGUGGCCAAGCACAGAGAGAUUGGAAAGAGAAAGACCAUUGUUAUUGUUGCUGAGGGUGCCCAUGACAAAGAUGGCAACAAGAUUUCUCCAGACAUGAUCAAGGACCUGCUUGCAGACAAGAACGGUCUUGCCUUGGACACCCGUAUCACAACUCUGGGUCAUGUACAACGAGGAGGCACUGCAUGUGCUUACGAUCGAUACCUUGCUACCCUGCAAGGCGUUGAAGCUGUCAACGCCGUCCUCGAAGCUACUCCCGAAACACCAACACCAUUCAUCGCUAUCACCGAGAACAAGAUCUGCAGAAAGCCUUUGGUACAAGCUGUUUUGGACACAAAAGAGGUUGCAAAAGCUAUUGAGGCUCAAGACUUUGACAAGGCCAUGGGGUUGAGAGAUACCGAGUUUACUGAUGUCUAUAAUUCUUUCAUGACUACUACAGCAACUGGUCUAGAUGAUAAGAUGAUGCUGCCAGAGAAAAAGCAUAUGCGAAUUGCUAUUAUUCAUGUUGGUGCUCCUGCCGGUGGUAUGAAUGCUGCAACUAGAGCAGCUGUCGCAUAUUGCUUGACCAGAGGUCACACUCCACUUGCUAUCCACAACGGUUUUGCGGGCUUCGCUCGCCACCAUGGUGAUGAGCCAAUUGGAGCUGUACGUGAAUUCGAUUGGCUUGAGGUUGAUGGUUGGGCAAGCAAGGGAGGGUCAGAAAUCGGCACAAACAGAGAACUUCCGUCGGAAUCUGGCAUGGAACUCAUUGCUUCAUUGUUCAAGCAGUACAAUAUCGAUGGUCUAUUCAUCGUCGGCGGUUUCGAGGGGUUCCACGCACUCUCACAGCUCCGCCAAGCUAGAGAGAAGUACUCUUCUCUGUGCAUCCCUAUGACUAUGCUACCUGCCACUAUCUCUAACAACGUCCCUGGAACCGAAUACUCACUCGGCUCAGAUACCUGUCUCAACGAGCUUGUCCGAUACUGCGACACCAUCAAGCAAUCUGCUUCGGCUUCCCGCCGCCGUGUUUUCGUCAUCGAAUCACAAGGUGGUCGUUCCGGUUACGUCGCUACACUUGCUGGUCUCGCAGUCGGUGCAGUUGCUGUCUACACUCCAGAAGAAGGCAUCAACAUCGAAAUGCUCGCAGCAGACAUUGCUCACCUUAAGCAAGUCUUCCGCGAAGACUCAGGCCAAUCCCGUGCCGGACGACUCAUCAUCGUUAACGAAAAGGCAAGCAAAGUCUACAGCGCCAAAUUAAUCGCAGACAUGAUCCGCGAAGAAGCAGGUGGACGCUUCGAAUCCCGAGACAGUAUCCCAGGCCACGUCCAACAAGGCGGUGUCCCAUCUCCUAUGGACCGCACCCGCGCUGUCCGUCUUGCCAUCAAAUGUAUCGAGCACCUCGAGACCUACGAAGAUAGACAAGACGCCACGAUUCUGAAUGAUCCACAAUCAUGUAGCGUGAUUGGAAUCAAGCAAAGUAAGGUCGUCUUCACAUCAAUGAAGGACGUCGAGGAACUCGAGACCGAUUGGCCGAACAGGAGGCCCAAGAACGAGUUUUGGCUCGACUUGCGCAGCACGGUCGAUAGCUUGAGCGGACGACCUGUGGUUCCCCGGCCCGAGAGUCCGCUCGUGGGAUGGAAGGCUAAGGACACGAAGCGGGGUUUGGCGUGAGUAGGUAGUUUUUUAGUAGCAAGGCAAAAAUAACUUUGGGAUGAUGGUCGGCGCUUGGAACGAAUCAAUCAAUGAAACUUCUUUACUCUCCCCUCUUUCCCUUCUAUCAACUGAACGAAACUAAAGACCCGAACCUAAUCAACCAACCUCCCACAUCCCAACCCGUCAAACAUAGGCAUGAGAAAGGUCUCCAAGCGCGCACUCUCAACCAUCAUAUCGUUAAACUUGUGCAAAGCAUCCAUAUCGUCCGCUCGCCACGUCCUCUCUCUCUCCUUCGCCGCUUGUGGAUUCGCGUCACUGGGAUCAGCGACUAAUCCGCGGCGUAGGAUGUUAUCUGCUACUAUUAUCCCGCCUUGACGUAGAAGACGGACGGAGGUUGAAUUAGGGGG